GGAUUGGAUGGAGUCAUGCAUAUGAAACCAAAUUCUCUUUCUUAAUUCUUCUACCUUAUGUUGUUGUUGUUGUUGUGGUUUCAUGUUUGUGUUUAGAUUGAAGUGAGAAUAUAUUUGUGGGAUUUAGCUGUUUUCAGCAAAUCUAUAUAUCUUUUGUUGUUGUUUCAUAUCUAUCUCUGUGAAGAAUUGAAGCUAGCUAGCUAGGCUGCAAAUUAAAAGUAAAAAUGAUGGCGGAUGAUGCCCUCUCUUCUCUCACAUCCUCCAUUAGAGGCUUCAUUCAAGAUCCAAACCCUAACAACCCCAAUCCAAACCCUAAUCCAAAUCCAGCCAAGAGAAAGAGAAACCUCCCAGGAAAUCCAGAUCCAGAUGCAGAAGUGAUAGCCAUGUCACCAAAGUCCCUGAUGGCGACGAACCGAUUCGUGUGUGAAAUCUGCAACAAGGGUUUCCAGAGAGACCAGAACCUGCAACUCCACAGGAGAGGGCACAACCUGCCAUGGAAGCUGAAGCAGAGAAGCAAGCAGGAAGUGGUGAAGAAGGUGUACAUAUGCCCAGAGAAGAGCUGUGUCCACCAUGACCCUUCCAGAGCUCUGGGAGACCUCACAGGGAUCAAGAAACACUAUAGCAGGAAGCAUGGGGAGAAGAAGUGGAAGUGUGAUAAGUGUUCCAAGAAAUAUGCUGUCCAGUCUGAUUGGAAAGCCCAUAGCAAGAUUUGUGGAACUAGAGAGUAUAAAUGUGACUGUGGAACUCUCUUCUCCAGAAAGGACAGUUUUAUCACACACAGAGCAUUCUGCGAUGCAUUAGCGGAAGAGAGCGCGAGGUUCACUUCACUUCCGCCGCCCAAUCUCAACUUCCGACACGAACUGCUAAACGCCGGACUCUCCACGUCGGCCCUCCAGCACCCUCAGUUCGGUUCGCACGUCUUCCGGCCGCCGCAUCACGACUUAAUGGGGGGCGGGUUUGACCCGGCGAGUCAACUCACUUUGGACGGCCAAAAACCAAGAUUACCCCUCUGGCUCGACGCCGCCAAUUCCGACCAUCAUCAUCUCAGCAACGCGAACGGUGAGUUCCUGGUGCCUCCGCAGGCGGCGGCGUCCACGGCGGCCACCUUGCCGCAAGAGCUCCUCAUGUGGAGCGGCGGCGGCGGCAGCGCGUCCUCGUCUACGGCCGUGCUGAAGGAGGAGGAGCACAAAGGGAAUAUUAUAUCCGAAGCCAUGAAUUCGUUGUACUACAACCAGGCGGAAGCGACGCCGCCUCCGGCGGCGCACAUGUCGGCAACGGCGCUGCUGCAGAAGGCGGCGCAAAUGGGGUCGACGAGGAGCGGGAACUCGGCGCUGUUCGGGAACGGGUUCGGGCUGACGGGGUCGACCUUGUCCACGCUAGACAACUACAAUAAUAACGCGAGGAAUAAAGUCCAGCAUCAUCAUCACCAAAACAUCCUCGGAAACGGAAACUCAUCAACCUCGACAGGAUUACUGUCCGUUAACGAUCAAAUGAACAACAACAAUAACAAUGGAUUGCUGUUGAUGAUGCAAAACAAGGGAAAACAGGUGAGCGGUCUAGGCGGAAGCGAAGGAGUUGACGGGAGUUUGACCAGAGAUUUCCUGGGCGUGGGUGGGAGCCAUGAUCAGAACAGACCCUUUUUGCAGCAGAACGAGUUAGCCAAUUUCGCUUCUGCUUCAACCGUGGGUUUGAACCAGUACGGCAACCAUUAAUAAACAAAGCUAGCUUUAAAAAAAGCAAGCAAGAAAGUGGAUAGAUGUAGUUUUGAUACAUAGAUGAUGAUCAUCAGAUAAUUAAGAUUGUUCUUCAAUUCUCAUCUCAUCUCAUGUUGCAUGGUAGAAAUUAAAUUAAUUUUCUGACGAUUUGAAGCUAGCGGCCUGGCCUGGGAUUGAAGUUUCAAGAUCUUGUGAAUUGUCAGAUCAGAGGAAAUUAAGAGGGGAGAAUUAUAUUGGGGGCAGCCCAGACUGAAUGUUGGAGGAGACAUGAUGACAAAAAGCUACAUUGGCAAUAUCACAAGGCAAGCAGCCUUUCCUCUAUUAUGUUAAUUACUUUAAUUUCUUACUGCAUGUAGAAAAACAUCAUUUCUA